GUUGAGAAACCACUGGGUUGCCUCUCGUGGUGUGGUGGAGCGGAGUGCGGAGUGGCUGGUGUGGUCCCUGUGACACUGCCCUGCCCUGCCCUGCCAAGGAACAGCCUCAGCGUGGCUUCACUCAGGCGCAAUAAUAUUUCACCAUAAAAACGGAGACAGAUAUUAUCCUAAUUUCUGUAAAGUAUGGUUUCUGUGUGAAUAGUUCAUUCUUCAGAACGUGUCAGAUUUGUGCCAUGCGUGGAGGAAUUGGAUAGUUUCCUUGGUGCGGCGGAAAUGGCUUUCAUUAGUGCCACUGUCAGUAGUGCGCCCAAGCAUAAUGCAAGGUGGAGGCCCGUCCUGAGCGUUGUCCACCACCCCUUCGCCUCCCGCCUCGGCUCCUCCCUGCGGCCUUUCCUUCAUCCUCGCAUCUCUCUCUGCUAUCACAAGGCCAUCACCUCCCAAACAACUCGACGUCAAAAAGCAGAUGCUUUGCUGAAGUCACUCAGUGACACCAGGCAUGAGGAGGAGCUUGAGCGCAGGCAGGUGGCGUGGCGGCUUAUGAAGAGGCGAGACAAGGAGAAGAGAGCCAAGGAAGCGAAGGAGAGAGUCAAAGCAGAGAGAGCAAGAGAGAAAACUGAAAAGAAAGCGUACAAAGCGUUACUGAAGUCCGGCGCCGUCAGAAGAGGGAGCAAGGCACAGAUGGCCGAGGAGGGCGAGGCGGGGAACACAAGCUUGGGUCUUCACUUCCUAGGGUGA